AAUCCCCCAGCGGUGCGUCUGGGGGUGAUGGGAUAAAUCUGAACCGCUGCAGCCAAAAGAUUAAAAUGAUUUAAAGAAAGCAGAUAUGGAGCACCUCGGUGUGACUCAUGUGGCUGCAGACAGAGCAGAGAUGGUGAUACUGCUGGAAACCAUCACCGCGGAAGAAAAGGGGCUUUGUUUGUUUGCUGGAUGGGAGAGAUGGAACCCUCAACACGGAGCUGCUCGCUUGAGUCGCUGAAGUGUAUGAAACAGUGAUACAUCGGUUAAAAACAUGCAAUAAUGUAUAUUUCAUAGCUGCUUUUGUAGAAGAAUGAGAGAAGUUGCAUUUUAUUGCAUUCUAUAUUGAGAUUUAGUUUAAAGACUUGCACUUACUAAUCUCAACUGUUGAUUUUCCUUAGAUUUAAAUUAAAAGGACUAUUUAUUUAUGUAUACAUUUAUUUAUGUCAUAGUCCUACAUUUAUUCUGUUCAACUAUUGGUGAUUCAAGGCGGAUUCCCUUGUAAUUCAGCGAGCUACACAUCCUCCCAGUUUCCCAUGAGAUGAAUGGGUCUUGUUACUAGUCACUGGGCAUCCAUAGUGGCAGGAGCGUGGGGGAGGUGGGGGUUAGCGGGUGAAGCCGUCUUUGAAUCAAUGAGCCUGUUGAUCAGAAAAGCCCAGCGGACGGGCAAUGACGGGGUUGAGCGAUCAGACGAGCGGGAGAUAAAAUUGGGCUUCCACCUCGGCGCCUUUUACACGCGCAGCGUCUGCGCCUGCUUCUUCAGUCUACCUCAGAUGCUGGCACCUGCCUGCUCCGUCGGGCCGCGGGCUCCCACAAUGAUUUGGAUUGUUGCGCUCUCCGUGAUCUUCGCUGCACACGCCGAUCCGGACUACUGUUACAAUGAGCCAGACUGUGAUCCGUACGCGUGGGGGGACCUGUUCCCGUCCUGCCACCCCUUACUGGAGGAGCCCCACUCCCCCAUCAACCUGGACCACCAGGUGGCCAGAGACGCGUCCCUGGGCUCCUUACACCUGGAGGGCUUCGACGUGACCCAGACGGGCUACUGGACGCUGGUGAACGACGGCCACUCUGUCGCGCUGCGCUUCGGCAGCGGCAUGUCGGUGAGCGGCGGCGGCCUGUCCGACGUGUACCACACGGUCCAGCUGCACUUCCACUGGGGCGGCGUCGCCAGCAACGGCUCGGAGCACACGGUGGAGCGACGCAGAUACCCGAUGGAGAUGCACAUCGUCAACAUGAAGGCCGUGCACCCGAACCUGACGGCGGCCUUGGACGACCCCACCGGACUGGCCGUGCUGGGAUUCUUCAUCGACGUUGUUUACGCAGACCACGUGCAAUUUGGACACAUAUCACAAAAACUGUCCUCAGUCGCCUACAAAGGCCAAACGGCUAAAGUCAAACCUUUCCCUCUGAUGAGCCUCCUGCCAAAGCACAACAUGAGCCAGUAUUACCGCUACUACGGCAGCCUGACCACCCCUCCGUGCUCCCGGGCAGUCGUGUGGACGCUGUACGAAGUCCCCAUUUACAUAUCGUGGUCCCAACUGGCCCAGUUUACCUCACAGAUCUUCUCCACGGAGGAGGACGCGCAGCAGGUGACGCCGCUGCAGAACAACUUCAGGCACGUGCACCCCACGUUCAGCCGCGUCGUGGCGGCGUCCAGGGACGCCCGGCUCCUCGCGGGGUCGUCCGGGGCCCGGCCCGGGUCGGCCGCGGCGCCGCACGUGCUCCUGCUCCAGGUCGCUUUGCUGGGAAGCGUCGUCUCCGGACUUUAGCGACGGGUGACGCCCCCGAAAACCGUCGAACGCCAAAAUGCCAAAUGGAAAGCGAUUCGUGUCCUCAGUUCACCCCGACGUCAGCUGAUGAUCUGCGCCAGCAGAGAGCUGGUAAAACGUAGUUUAUAUAAAAAAAACUGUGAAGACGAGUACUGUAAAAUAUCCGAAUGCCUCAUGUUAUUUAACUCCAUUCUUACUAACAUUAAUGGGAACUAAGCAGCUAGGAGUGAACUGUGUUGUUGUAUAAAGUAGGGUCGGUCUCUUCUGCCUAGUUCUAGAUUAGCUUUCAUGCUAACACAGCAUCUGUCAUCGGCAUCUAGACAAUGAUUAAAACGUAAAACCCGGUGUUGUCUCUAGAAAACGAGGACGCAGACGUGUUCAGAGGCUACUAACAUAACGAGUACUUUCAACCUGUUUCUAAUGGACAUUUUAUUUUGUUUAAAUCCAGCUGCUGGCUGACUAAAAUAAAGUAGCUAAACCUUAA